AUGAGAGCUACCCAGGUUACCUAUUUUCAGGAGACGGUGUCCGCCUUGCUGAGAAGACCAUGGCAAACGUGGAGAGACGGUGCUCCUUUCUACGGCACAGACAGGUCAGGUAACAAGAGAUUGCCCAUGACCACAAAGUCCGGUAACAAGAAUUUUUACAAGGGUACGAGAUCUUCUGGUAUUGGUAAACAUACCAAACAGGGUGGAUAUCUGAUCAACUAUGACAGGGUGCGUCAUUUUGUUGCUCCCGCUGGUUUGGAGCAGACCAACCUCAAGCCAUAUGUGAGUUCCAACAGUCCUUCUAUAAGGCAUACAUUUGAAGGCUACACCAAAGGUGCAGUUGAUCCGGAACUGUAUUUAGAGAAGGUGAAGGAGUAUGUUGAGACUGGAAAGGUUGAAUAUCCGAUGCUUCCAAACUGGUUAGAGAGGGGUUAG